GUCAAUCCGCUUACGGGGUUUCUCCCGCUGUGGCUCGGGAUAACACACCACUCGUCGGCGAUUUGUUUCGCUCUGAGCUAAACUUCACCGCUUCUGGAUAAAAACACUGGAGGAAGAACUAAACCAAGCCGUGUCGAGCAUGAACGCGUGAUUAUCGCCCGGGAGAGAGCGGUCUCGCUGCUGUCCUGCCCGUGUCGCGGUGUGUAUCGGCGCUGAGAGCAGUGUCCGCGGGCAUGGCCUCGGUCACCUCGAUAGAGGCCGUGAAGAGGAAGAUCCAGGGCCUCCAGCAGCAGGCGGAUGAUGCCGAGGACCGGGCAGAAACACUGCAGAGAGAGCUGGACCUGGAGCGGCAGGGCAGGGAGAGAGCGGAGGCGGAGGUGGCGUCCCUGAACAGGCGUAUCCAGCUGGUGGAGGAGGAGUUAGACCGAGCCCAGGAGAGACUCGCCACUGCGCUGCAGAAGCUGGAGGAGGCCGAGAAAGCUGCCGAUGAGAGCGAGAGAGGAAUGAAGGUGAUCGAGAACAGAGCAACGAAAGAUGAGGAGAAGAUGGAGAUCCAGGAGAUGCAGCUGAAGGAGGCCAAACACAUCGCUGAGGAGGCGGACCGCAAAUACGAGGAGGUGGCGCGUAAACUGGUGAUUCUUGAGGGUGAGCUCGAGCGCUCUGAGGAACGAGCUGAAGUGGCUGAGGCUCGAGUCAGGCAGCUGGAGGAGGAACUUAGACUCAUGGACCAGAAUUUUAAAUCCAUGAUGGCCGGAGAGGAAGAGUACUCCACAAAGGAAGACAAAUAUGAAGAGGAAAUCAGAGUACUCACUGACAAACUCAAAGAGGCUGAAACGCGUGCCGAGUUUGCUGAGAGGUCUGUGGCGAAGCUUGAGAAGACCAUUGAUGAUUUAGAAGAUGAGGUGUACGCUCAGAAACUCAAGGGUAAAGCGCUCAGCGAGGAGCUGGAUCUGGCUCUGAACGACAUGACUACCCUCUAAACACACGCUCUUCAUCUCCUCCUCCUCUACAGUUUUCCCCUCUGUGGCUUCAUUGUCCAUUUGGCUAGUUGUGUUGUGUUUUCUUCUCCAUGUGACUUUGAAACGGACGUGGGUCUGAUUGGAUGGAGCUCAGGCUGCAGCUCAAGUCUGUCUCUCCUGAUGUUGUCAUGAUCUGUAAUGGAAAGGUCAACAUUGUGUGUUGUUCCCUCUCAGGACUGGUCGAUAAGCCUGAUGUUUAGUGUCAUCACAGUGUUGACUCUUCCACCGCAGCGUCUGUGUCGUAUGUGCUGCUUUACUUUAUCCUGCUGCUGUAAUAAAUGUCCUCAAUGUCUUCUUUC